AUGACCAUCAUAAGCCUAUCGACCAUAGUCCUUGUCACGAUAGUCGUGGCGGUCACGGUCGGACCCACACAAUCCCAUGCCGGAAAACAGAAGCCCGAUUCCUCCUCCGAUUCCCGACCAUAUUACUCCUCCAUCAAAGCUCUCUGCAACCUCGCAGUUUACCCCGACUCGUGCUUUUCCUCUCUCUCCCCCAUCGCAAACGUGAACCAUCUCGACCCUGAAUCCCUAUUCAAACUCUCUUUGGAAGUUGCACUGAAAGAGAUCUCCAAUGCUGCCUCUCUACCUGAAAAGCUCACCAGAAAACUCAAUGAUACAGCCAUAGCCCCAGCUCUCGAGGUCUGCAGUCAAGUCCUUACAGAUGCUGUAGACCAACUUAACAUCACUAUAACAUCUGUCGAGUGUAAUUCCCGCAACCUGGCUGGAAUCCUGUCACAGGAAAAUGUCGAUGACCUAAAAUCAUGGCUUAGUGCAGCCAUAACCGAUGUAGAGACUUGCCUAGAAGGAUUCGAGGAUGCGAAUCAAGUUCUUGUUAGUCAGAUACACGAAUCGCUGAGAAACUCGACGGAGUUCACUAGCAAUAGUCUAGCAAUCCUGGCAGGCAUUACGAAUGUGCUAGGCUCGCUGAACAUACCGACCCACCGAAGACUUCUGGGUCAUUUUUCCGGCGAUUUUCCAUCAUGGAUCACUUCGAAGGAUCGUAGGCUUCUACAGAGCUUCGACCCUCGCGACGCCGCUGACUUUGUGGUCGUGAAAGAUGGGUCCGGCAAGUACAAGAACAUCUCAGCCGCAAUCAAGGCCGUCCCUAAACAGAGUAAGAAGAGGAUCGUGAUCUAUGUAAAGCAGGGGAGGUAUGUCGAGAAUGUUGUCUUAGACAAGGAUAAGUGGAAUGUUAUGAUAGUAGGAGAUGGCAUGAAUUCGACCAUAGUUACCGGCGGCCUGAAUGUCAUCGAUGGGACUCCGACUUUCAAUACCGCCACCUUAGCUGUGUUCGGUAAAGGAUUCAUCGGCAUGGAUAUCGGAUUCCAGAACAUCGCAGGUCCCGAAAAGCAUCAAGCUGUAGCUCUAAUGGUUAGCGCGGAUCAAACUGUUUGUUAUCGAUGCCUCGCUGAUGGCUACCAAGACACACUCUACGUUCACAAGCUUCGCCAGUUCUAUAAGAAUUGCACCAUUUCAGGCACUGUUGACUUCAUCUUUGGUAACUCAGCUGUUGUUUUCCAAGAUUGCAAGAUUUUAGCAAAACAGCCCAUGCUAGGACAACAAAUCACCAUCACUGCCCAAGGCAGAACAGACCCAAACCAGAACACAGGCAUCUCUAUCCACAGGUGCAUAAUUGCAGGGGCUCAAACUUUAAAAGGAGUGGAAAGCUAUUUAGGAAGGCCAUGGAAGAAUUACUCAACAACUGUUUACAUGAACUCCAUGUUGGGUGACAUAAUCAACCCUAAUGGCUGGCUUCCAUGGACUGGGAACUCAGCUCCUGAUACUAUCUUUUACGGUGAGUAUGGAAACUAUGGUCCCGGCUCCAACACGAGUGAAAGGGUGAAGUGGAGAGGAUAUAAGAAAUUGACAACUUCUCAGGCAAAUAAGUUUACUGCAAAAUCGUUUAUUCAUGGCUAUAAGUGGAUAUCUACAAUGGGAGUUCCUUAUUCCAAAGGUUUGUGA